AUGACUUCCACCAACGUCACCAACAGCGCCGCCGCUGAGGAGACCCAGCUCACCAUCAACCACGAGAUUACCGCUGACUUGGACUCCACCAACGCCUUUGAGGGACCCGAGAAACUUCUCGAGGUCUGGUUUGCGCCGAGUGCCAAGACUCUUCCUCCUGGGGUCAAAGAGAAUGGCCUGAAGUCGGUCAGCCCCUCCAUCUGGGAGGGCAUGUUGGAUAUGGUCAACUGCAAGGUCCUGUCCAUCGUCAACUCUGAUCACGUUGACGCCUACCUCCUUUCCGAGUCUAGCAUGUUUGUGUUCCCCCACAAGCUUAUCCUCAAGACCUGCGGCACCACCACCCUGUUGCUGGGCCUGCGCCGUCUUCUUCGCAUCGCUGCUAUCGAUGCCGGAUUCCCUUUCCACAACGUCAAGACACUGGAGGAUGAGCGCGUUGCCGCCACACCUCACCGUGUCUUUUACAGCCGCAAGAACUUCCUCUUCCCUGAUCGCCAGCAAGGCCCCCACUCCAGCUGGAAGGAAGAGGUCAAGUUCCUGGACGAACUGUUCGAGAAUGGUAGCGCCUAUCUGGUCGGUCGCAUGAAUGCGGAUCAUUGGUAUUUGUACAUGACCUCACCUACCACUUCGACCUUGACCCCGCCGAGAACCCCUAGCUCUAGCACCGGCGGAAGCCCUACCCGCUCCGCCAAGAUCCCCACAGGCAUUGUGGCGCCUUGUGUGGGAUCCCUCGACGACAACGAUGACGAGACACUCGAGAUCUUGAUGAUGGAUCUCGACCAGGACCUUGCCAAGCAGUGGUAUCUGGAGGACUCUGACAAAUCUGUGGAGGGCCAUGCUCUCGGCACUGUCAUUUCCAACAAGUGUGGUCUGGCUGAAGUUUAUCCCACCUCGGUCUACCCCGAGGCUCGCAUCGACUCCUAUCUUUUCACCCCUUGCGGAUAUUCCGCCAACGGUGUCAUUCCUGCACCCACUAAGUCCAGCGAUGAUGCUGCCAGUAGAGCUGCGCACUACUUCACUGUCCAUGUCACCCCGGAGCCCAUUUGCUCAUACGCUUCGUUCGAGACCAACGUGCCGAGUGGCCAGAAUGGACGCCAGACUUCCGAGGUCAUUGACCACGUGAUCAACAUCUUCCGACCUGGUCGCUUCACUGUCACCCUAUUCCAGACCAAGAAUAAGCCGGCGACCCCUAGCGAUGGCGCUGAUGUCGAGGACAAGCAGAGAAGCUUGGUCAAGCAGACAGUGGACCGGAUUGAUGGAUACCGCCGCAUCGACCGCAUCAUUCAUGAGUUUGAGGAUUAUGACCUAGUUUUCCGCUACUACGAGCGCGAUGGUUGGACUGGCACCAAGAAGGCCAUGGUUGGCGAAGACUUUUAA